AUAAUAGAUAACUAUACAACUAUCAACUUAAGCACACACGUCAGUCGUUAGUUUACUGUGGAAAUAACCUAAAACAGCCUUGAGGAAGGAACAGACGCAAGUGUCCAGUCUGAAUCUGUUAGACGUUUAGUAUAGAAGCAGGUGGGUCAGCUGGUCAGUGAGAUUUAUACCUCUGGGACGUGCAGCCUACGUGAUCACAAGCAGUUGAAGGAUUCAGACACCAACUGACCAGGUGUUCAAGAAAGGGGCAAUAACCAGCAGCCAUCAUGGACCUCGAGGAAGACAAAAACUCUUUGGAUAUUCAUGACAACCCUCCAGUUCCUGACAAUGUAGUGAAGGAAGACGGAGACACUGUCUAUUUCAUAUACGACGAGGAGGUGGAGGUGGAGGAGAAGGAACCAGAGCCUCCUCCUGAUCCUGUUAUUCGAGUUAAUGACAAACCCCACAAGUUCAAGGACCAUUACUGCAAGAAACCCAAGUUCUGUGAUGUUUGUGCUCGCAUGAUAGUCCUGAAUAACAAGUUCGCUCUGAGAUGUAAAAACUGCAAGACCAACAUCCACCACUCGUGUCAGUCAUACGUCGAGUUCCAGAGAUGCUUUGGCAAAAUUCCACCUGGCUUUAGAAGAGCCUACAGCUCCCCCCUGUACAGCAGCGACCAACCAGAUUCAAACAACGUAAACCGGAAUGACCCUGUCUUUGACACCCUGCGUGUUGGUGUCAUUAUGGCUAAUAAGGAACGAAAAAAGAAUGAAAAUGAUAAGAAGAACAUAAUGAUGAUGGAGGAGGAGGAAGAAGAAAACCAGCAGCCCAAAGAGAAUGAAGAGGGAGGAGAAGGGAAGCCAGAUGACAAGAAAGAGAAAGGAGGAGACAAAGCAGACGACAAGAGUAAGGGAACAUUCUCCCAGUCCCACUAUUAUCUGGCUCUCUAUCGCUUCAAGGCCAUUGAGAAAGAUGACCUUGACUUCCACCCUGGAGACCGGAUAACGGUUCUUGAUGACUCCAAUGAAGAGUGGUGGAGAGGAAAAAUGGGAGACAAGACAGGAUAUUUUCCCACCAACUACCUAAUCAAAGUGCGUGCAUCAGAGAGAGUCUUCAAAGUCACACGCUCCUUCGUUGGGAACAGAGAGAUGGGACAAAUCACACUGAAGAAAGAUCAGAUUGUGGUGAAGAAAGGAGACGAAAAAGGUGGCUACCUAAAGGUCAGCACUGGACGCAAGCUGGGCUACUUCCCUGCUGAUCUUCUGCAGGAGAUCACUGUGACAUAAAGAGACAUUCGUCCUGCAUUUUAAACCAGUGUCGUACUCUCCAUCAGUCUCCUGGAAACCCACCUGCCUUUCAGACAGGGGCAAUGUGCUCCUUCAACUUUGACCUAAAGGAGGCAAAAAGAGCAGUAAUGUUUAUCAACAAAUGUGUGAAAUUUACACCCAUGCUCAAGCCAAACGGUGCAUAGGGUUUUUUGUGGUUUGCACAAUUUAAAUAAAAAUAAAUAAACAUAGUCAUUAGGUUAUGCCUGUUAGGUGUACAGUAGAUCAAGAUAGCCAUAGAGCCUUGAGGAAAGUUGCAAAAAACAGCUGAACAAUUGAGGCAAAAAGUUUUAAAAAACAGUGUUUUAAAAAACACAUUUUAGGUACAGAGAUUUACACUUCUUAAUCAGUGGACACAUGUAAACCAUUAACAACAAUACAUUAGCCACAAACACUAUUACAAUAUUAUAUUAAUUGAUUAUAGUCACAAGGACAGUCAUGUUGUUAAUAAAUACUUUAUAACAACUAAUUAAGGGCUGCUACUAAACAGAUUUACGUGAAUAUAAAUGAAUAUAGCAGCCACACAGAAACUCCAUUGAAUCCUAAUGUGUAACUGGAUAAGUAUGUCAAAGUUUAAAAAUAAUUAAUAUAAUUAUUAUUGGUGAUAGGUAAUAAAAAAUACCACUGUGCGUGUUCUAUUUACUUCUUGUUAGUGAUCAUACUGUAGUAUCCCUAAUGCUAUUUUAAUGUGUAUAUUGCUUUAUUUUAAUUAAAUAAAGACAACAUUGAAAGAU